UCAUUGAUGAAAUUUAAGUUCGUGUGAUUUUACCUUUUCUGGGAGUCUCCAGCUGGCCCUGGUUUGUGUCAGGAGCGCAGCGUAGACAGGAGUUCGAGGCAGACUCAGUCGCACUAAGUUUCUUCUGUCUUUUUGGAAGUGGGGGAGGUUUUCCUGGGGUGGUUUUUUUUUUUUUUUUUGAGGCAGUUUUAAUAGCUUUUAAUACUCUCUUAAGUGGCUAAACAGAGGAAGGGGAGAAAGAACACGUCGGUUGUUAAAACAGGGGAGGAAGAGAAACGUGCCCUAUAGCGUGACUCCUAGAUAUUAAUAUAUAUACAUCAGUAUUUUAAUAAAUCCCUAAAAUGUCGAGAUAUGUACAAGAUCUUAGCAAAGCCAUGUCUCAGGAUGGUGCUUCUCAGUUCCAAGAAGUCAUUCGACAAGAGCUAGAAUUAUCUGUGAAGAAGGAACUGGAAAAAAUACUUACCACAGCACCAUCACAUGAGUUUGAGCACACUAAAAAAGACCUUGAUGGAUUUCGGAAGCUAUUUCAUAGAUUUUUGCAAGAAAAAGGACCUUCUGUGGAUUGGGGAAAAAUCCAGAGGCCUCCAGAAGAUUCGAUUCAACCCUAUGAAAAGAUAAAGGCCAGGGGCUUACCUGAUAAUAUAUCUUCUGUACUAAAUAAGCUGGUGGUGGUGAAACUCAACGGUGGUUUGGGAACCAGCAUGGGCUGCAAAGGUCCAAAAAGUCUGAUUGGUGUGAGGAAUGAGAAUACCUUUUUGGAUUUGACCGUUCAGCAAAUUGAACAUUUAAACAAAACCUACAACACAGAUGUUCCUCUUGUUCUAAUGAAUUCUUUUAACACGGAUGAGGAUACAAAAAAAAUACUACAGAAGUACAAUCACUGUCGUGUGAAAAUCUACACUUUUAAUCAAAGCAGGUACCCGAGGAUUAAUAAAGAAUCUUUACUGCCUGUAGCAAAGGAUGUCUCAUACUCAGGGGAAAAUACAGAAGCUUGGUACCCUCCGGGUCAUGGUGAUAUUUACGCCAGUUUCUACAACUCUGGUUUGCUUGACACCCUUAUAGGAGAAGGCAAAGAGUAUAUUUUUGUGUCUAACAUAGAUAAUCUGGGUGCCACUGUGGAUCUUUACAUUCUUAAUCAUCUAAUGAACCCACCCAAUGGGAAACCCUGUGAAUUUGUCAUGGAAGUCACAAAUAAAACACGAGCAGAUGUAAAGGGUGGGACCCUCACUCAGUAUGAAGGCAAACUGAGACUGGUGGAAAUCGCGCAAGUGCCAAAAGCACAUGUUGAUGAGUUCAAGUCUGUAUCAAAAUUCAAAAUAUUUAACACAAACAAUCUAUGGAUCUCUCUCGCAGCAGUUAAAAGACUGCAAGAGCAAAAUGCUAUUGAUAUGGAAAUCAUUGUGAAUCCGAAGACUUUGGAUGGAGGCCUGAAUGUCAUUCAGUUAGAAACUGCAGUAGGGGCUGCCAUUAAAAGUUUUGAGAACUCUCUAGGUAUUAAUGUUCCUAGGAGCCGUUUCCUACCUGUCAAAACCACAUCAGAUCUCUUGCUUGUGAUGUCAAACCUCUAUAGCCUUAAUGCAGGAUCUUUGACAAUGAGUGAAAAGCGAGAAUUUCCUACAGUGCCCUUGGUUAAAUUAGGCAGUUCUUUUACAAAGGUUCAGGAUUAUCUAAGGAGAUUUGAAAGUAUACCAGAUAUGCUUGAAUUGGAUCACCUCACAGUUUCAGGAGAUGUGACAUUUGGCAAGAAUGUUUCACUAAAGGGAACAGUUAUCAUCAUUGCAAAUCAUGGUGACCGAAUUGACAUCCCUCCUGGAGCAGUAUUAGAGAACAAGAUUGUAUCUGGGAACCUUCGGAUCUUGGACCACUGAAAUGAAAAAAAAAUACUGUGUACACUUCAUACUAAUUAUGGGCUAAACAGUUUCUUACAAUGAAAUGUUCUUUAGGAUUCUAAAAUUGGCAGGUACUUUACUGUGUUACUGUACCCUGCAGUAUUAAUUUUUAAAGUAGACUUUGCAAUAUGCUUUUAGUCCAAGAAAAGCACAGAUGGAAGCAAUACUUCUCUUUGAAGAGGAUCCUAAAAGUUAGUUCAUCUUAAAGUGCAAUACUGUUUAAUCUUAAAACUGGGGCAGCUCUGCUGGAACAUCUUCGAACAGAGGCCUCAAUGAUGGUCACUUUGAAUUGCUUGUGAUUUCAAAAAUAAAGCUGUGAGGGAAUCCAUGUG